AGGAUGAACGAAAACGAAAAAGAAAAAGGCAAUGCUUGAAGGUGAACGACAACAGUUCAUUCGUUCACUUAACACCUUACUCUGCGUAAAAGCUUUUCCCAGCACUGUUCUGAAAAUAACUUGUUUUUCUUUCUUUAUACAAGAAAGCGCUGUCCUCUCAUUACAGAAGAUGAAGAUGAAUUGUUAUACGGCAGUGUGCUUUUAAUCAUAAGAGAAAACAUUUAUGGAAACCAAGUGUGAUAGAAAUUUGCAAAACAGAACCAAUGGAAGAUUUUGAGUAAAGUGAACCUCAUGAAGGAUAGUAUCCCAAGCCCUCCCCAAUCUAACAGCUGUGAUGUCACGCUUGGCAUGUUUUUGGCCAUUGGCUGUGCCUCACUCCAGCUCCUCGAGAGGAUCCGUAAGAAGUGAGCCUGGAUCCUGCUCCUGUAAGUUGAUGGCAAAGUUUAAAUGCCCCAAACAUUCGGAGGCGAAGCAGAAUGCUGAGGAGAGACGCAUCUCGAUCUUAUCAGGAGUUCAAUGGUGAGGACUGUGCUGGGCCACUUGGGUCUUACCAGAACAAUGAUGUUUCUGAAGUGGAGCAAGAUCAAGCCAGCUGUGACCCUUCACCAGAUGAGGACGUUGUGGACAACAAUCUAAUGCCCAUUGGUUUCAACAAAGCUUGUGUGAAGAAUGUUUUCACAGUCAUCCUCGUCCUCAUUUACUUGCUGCUCACUACGGUGGCUGUGUUCUUGGCCUACCAAACCAUUUCAGACUUCAUGGAGAAGCUCAACCAUCCAGUGAUGUCUGUUUCAUACAAAGAGGUUGAGGAGUUUGCUGCACCAGGAAUUGCUUUAUAUCCUGGGAAGGCACAGUUAUUAAGUUGCAUGCACCACUAUCACGACAACAUUCCACCUCUUGUUGCACCGGACAGACUAGAGGGAAGAAACUGUGUAAAAGAGGAUGUUAUUUACCACGGGCCGUAUUCUAACCAGACGCAAAAGCGAGCCAUAGUGGUCAGAGGACCGACUGACGUGAGGAACCGAGAACUUAUAUUCCUCCAGUUCAGCCGGAAUGAAACGGAAGAGGAUUUCAGUGCAAUCAGUUACAUGAUUUUUGCCAAAUUUAGCGACAUGCUUGAAAGCUCAGAUAAAGCUGCUUUUAUGAUGGACUGUGAAAGGAAUUACUCAAUGUGGACCUUCUCUGGAGGCUUUCGGACAUGGGUCAAAAUGUCUUUGGUCAAGACGUCAGGCAGAGGAAAUGAAUCGGUUGAAUUUAGACAGGAGUCCAAUGUGGUGAAGUAUAUCGAUAAGAGGCCUCCACAGGAGCAAGCCAAUGAGCUUUUCUUUGUUGUCUUCCAAUGGCGAGAUCCAUUUAUACAGCAAGUCAAAGAUAUAGUCACAGCAAACCCGUGGAACACCAUAGCCAUAUUGUGUGGCGUCUUCAUGGCUCUUUUUAAAGCCGCAGACUUUGCCAAACUCAGCAUUAAGUGGAUGAUCAAAAUUCGUAAAAGACACUUAAGCGCAAAAAUGAGAGAACUGACCCAAAUAAGCUAAAUCUUUUCCAAUUCAUUUUUAAAAAAAACUCAGUGUUGAACACUACAGCAUUUCGAAUUGUGAACAUCAAACACUUUCAGAGCAAAGAGUCUCUUACACUUUCAUGAGAAUUGUGCUGAUGUUGUACUGUACGUUUUGUUUUAACUGGACAAUAGAUUUUAAUUUGAUAUUGUAAAGUAAGUGCUCAUAGUGAAGACGAGUGAAUGCUGAGGCAUGUGUUCUGCAGUACAAGGGCAAAGUGUAUUCAUGUGGUUUUGACACUGAAAUAUUAACUAUUCAGACAUGUUCUCUGUGAGAUUAAGCUAGUUAAAAUGAUGACUAAGAAGGGAUUUCACUGAAACAAAAAAGGCUUUUAAUGACAGGGACCUUUGGUUAAGUUGCAUUGCCCACCGAUCAAUAAAUAACUACUGCAGGGCACACCGUGACAUAGAAAUGAUCUAAAGAUGGGGAUCUUGUCUUACUGCUGUUUUCUUUUUUGCUAUCAAUGUGAAUGAGAUAAGUUUUAUCAAUAUGACAUAUGUUGUAUAAGCCUAUACCAGUCGUAUUAAAUUAUUUCAUUGAUCUAAAAACGUUCUUAAUUAUUUAACCAUGCUUACAAAAAAGUUGAACUUGUAGGACUAUUUAAGUUUUUCUUAUGUCUGUUCUUAAGCACCAUUAUGGUGCUUUCUAAUGAUGAAAUUACGUUUUGUCGUUCCAUGUGAUGUAAAUAUAUCUCUUAGUUUUUUCCCCCUCAAGGACUAAACAAAUGUUAUGUUGUUUAAACUAUUGUUCUUAGUAUAUUUUAAGAUAUGUGGGGAAAUGCAUCAUCCCAGAUUUUACUGACACACAUGUUUUUUUUGUUUGUUUUUUAAAACCAAGUUACUUGAAUAUUCUUCAAGUGAACGCAUCUGAAUCAAGAAUGUUUAUGAGGGAUUAGAAAAUUAUGGGUUAGGCUGUCUUAAAUUCAAGUUAUGUCAUAAUUAUUUUGUGGAACUAAUUAAUAAUCCAACAAGAAUAUGUUUUUGCACUUUAAGUUUAUAAUAAUAAUCAAUACCAACUAAUACCAAAGAGAAGAACAUAGUUUUCUACUCAAGUUUUGCUGUUAGAGAUCGCUUUUGUUUUUCGUGACAACUCUUUAUUAAAAACCUCUAAAAGUC